AUGAGGGAUUCAACCCUUUCUUCUUCAAGUCUAUUACGUUAUCUUCAAUAUCGGAAGAAACAAGGGAAACACGGGGAGGAGAGUGUGGAUGGGUGUGCUUCCAGUGACAAGGAGGGUCUUUCUCGGGAUGAUUUUCAGAAGGUUCCUAAGGUCUCUUUUCGAGAUAAGGUUAUUGGUACAGCAAGGUCGAAGGCCUUUGUACUUGUCGGAUCAUUAUCAGGGGAUGGUAUUGCGACAGCAGUAGACAAGCAGGGUGAUUCCCAGCCACAAUGUGUAAGUUUUAGGAUAGAGGCGAAGACCUGUUUGACCGAAUCUCAUAGAGAAGCCUUGGUGAUUAAGGUCCUGAACAAGAAGUAUAGUUACACAGCUCUUUCUCAUAAGCUGAGGGUAGUAUGGCGCAUCAAAGGAGGUUUCACUUUACUAGAUGUGGGAUUUAGGUACUUCCUAAUUAAAUUCGAUGUUGUUGAGGAUCGUGAGAAGGUCAUGCUUGAUAGGCCUUGGUUGAUCGAGGGUCACUACGUCGCGGUAAAACUAUGGGAUGUUGAUUUUCAACUUAGUGAAUAA